AAAUUCCCGCGGCAUCCGGGUUGCUGGACGUGUGAAAAUGUGUGAAAUGAUGUAAGAUACAAGUUUUUUUUCGAGUUGCUCGUGUUAUUGCCAGAAAAUUAUGUCGCAAUCAAAAAUCGAUCAUUUUUUCCCGUCAGUAAAAAAAGGAACAGGGAAAACCAACGCAAAGCUGUUAAAAACUGUAGGGAGUCCCAGGAAACGCAACUCCUCCCCAAUAAUUAAAGUGCCUAAACGACCAAAGAGCAUGGCAAGUUCUCCGAGAAAACGAGCGAAUGCGCCAUUGGAUGCGAACAUUGCAAAAAUUCCGAAAAUCAGUUCACCCACCGGUAAAGUCGUGAAAAUAUAUCCUUCGCAAGAGCAAAUUUCUCGCUCUAAUGAAAAUUCUCCACAAAAAUCGAGUUACCGAAUAUCCCAUGCUGAAUCUCUAUCUCGAAGUCAAUCUGAUUCGGUUCUAAACUGUUCUCCAAGAGUAGAAAUAUCCAGCUCGUUCACCCCGAAAAAAUCUCCUCGUGGAUCUUCCGGAAAUUCAACAAGAGGCUUUAGCCCGAGAAAACUUUUUGAGGAAACAGUCAGUUCCGAAAUAACAGAACGCGCGAUAGAAAAUCUAAAUCUCAGAAAACAAGGAGCCAUUGGGCCAAACGAUUUCGAUUUGACGAAGAUUUAUGCAAGUGGAAAAUUUGAUAUAACUUAUCGAUCAUUGAGGACAGACGUGGCCGAAAAAUACGAGUUGAAGGAUGUAAUUUUUCCGGGGGAAAAGCAUGCAGAUCACCUUUUUACAAUGAUCGUCGACGUUUUUUCAAAUGCCUUAAACUGCGGCUACUUUGACGAGACAGAACUCGAUUUUUUGUUCUCGGGCUUGACUUUAUCCGCCAAAAGCCAAAUGUUGCUGGCGAGACUUUUGAAAAGAAAAAGAUCCUGGCACAGAGUCAGUAGCAUACAGUAUCCAGAGAUAGCCGAAAAUCUUCAGAUAUAUUGCGACGAAUUGGUGGACAAAGGUUUUUGCGUUUCGAACAUAGCAACAGAAGAAGUUUCAAAUCUCCUUAAACUUUUGCAAAUAGAUGAUAUUCGCAAACUCUGCCAAAAAUUGAAAGUUGAUCACAGAGGAAGCAAAGAAAUCAUGAUGAAGAAUCUUCUACAGUUGAAUAGUAAACAAAAAACUUGGUUUGUGGGUGCAAAAAGUCCAAGCUCGAUUCUAAAGUCAUCGAUAGCAGAAGCUCUUGGCUCGUGUGUUUCUUUAUCGGAUGAGGCCGUUUAUGUAUUUGAGAGAAUAUUCUUCCUCUUGAUUCCCUGCCAAGAUCCAUCAGAAAGUGUUUCGGACUUGUUCCUAAUGCUGACGAGGGUAAAAAGUGGAGAAAUUCUCUUUCCUACAGCACCCAAGGAACGAUUUCCUCUCUUCAGAAAUAGAGAACAUCUUCUUGGGUACUUGAAAGCAAGAAACGUUUUCAAGGAAUCAGAAGAAGCAAUAGCUAACAAAUGCUGGGAAACGGUUAGAAAAAAUGGUCACCUUGCCUACGAAAAUCUUUCUCAUUUCGUCAAAGAAGAAGAAGAAGUAAGCAGUCUUCCUACUCACGUAAAAAAAUUCUUUCCACGUUCUGUUUGGACGAAAGUUUUGUCAAAGAGCAUCGACGCCUUCAAAAAGUCGCCCGAAACGAUCGGAGAUGCCGUGAAAUACCUGCAGGCAUUAAUAAACCAGAAUACCUAUGGAAGUUAUCUUGGACGUUGGUACAGGGAACUUUCGCUAAUCGAAAUGCAUCACAGGAAAGAUUUGCAGGCGAGUGCGGUCUUAACAUUGAAUGCACUUUCGCAGGAAAAUUUGACGUCAGUUGAUGUAAUGGAUUUGCUCGAAAGGGCGAAAAAGUUAGUGAGGAGAAAAACAGGAAUUAAUAGUGAGACCAAAAGUUUGAUCAAAGAUGUCUUGGAAACGCUUCAACAAGAACUUCCGGGAGAGUUUGACGUUGUGAAUGAAAUUGAAGCGAAUAUGGUCGACGGAAGUGCGAGGUGUAUAAAUCGAGGGGCAAUUCCUGAUAUGAAGAAACAAACGCUCCCGGAACUGGAAUGUCGUACAUGCAAAAUUGUGGAAGUAAAAGGGCCAGGGGACUCUUUGUCAACCAAGCAAAAACUGUGGCUUCAAUAUUUGCAAAAACUCGGAAUCAGAGCAGAAGUCUGCAUCGUAAAAGCCAAGGGAAAAACUGGCAGAAAGUACUGAAUUUUCUCAGCACCUCGUGGAAAAGGAAGAAUUUUGUCCUUCUCCUAUAAUUUUGUAUAUCUGAUGGUAUUAUACUUUCGUAAAGCCCAUCGCUUUAUACAUUUUGGUACUUCAUGAAGAAUGUUGUUUAGGUUUUGCUUUUUUUUUCUAAAAAAGAAGAUCACAUUUUUUCACGUUUAUACACUUUCGUCGAAUUUUUGAAUAAGAAAUGUAGAAAGUGAGAUGCAUUUUAUUAUACUUGAACGUUUUAACGAUUUCUCGUAUUAAGUUCGCCAUUUCUUGUGAUUUGACUAAUUUAUCGUUUUAACAUUACGUUAUUUUAAUUUGUUUGUUUUGACAUAAUAUGUUAUUAGUACUAUUAAAUAUUAAUAUGUAUAUAUUUCCUGUGAACUUGAUUGAGAAUGAGCGUUUUAAAGAUAGAGAAUAUUUUUUUCGCAUGUAAAUUUUCAAUUUUAUAGAGAAUGUGGUUGUUU